AUGGGUUGCGAGCAGUCCACAGUGAGCGGGGGGCACGAAGUGGUCACGGCGAAGGGAGGCGGCACCGUGGCAAAGGGAGGCGACACCAAGGUGUUGCUUGGCUCGGACGAAAGGGCCGCCGAGGUGCUCGUCGAGAUACCAGGCGCGGAGGUGGCAGUCAUGAGCGGUGGCGGCAGGGAGGGUGCCAUCGUGGCCAGGGGCCCCUUCCGGCUACUGCGACUGCGACCCCUGGACUCCGUGGACGGCCCUGGCAAGUACGUCAUGAACAGGCCGGCGAAGGUGGGCCCAGAGAUGAUCCCAGGCGGUGCCGUGCCUGGGUCUCAGGACAUCCCCGCGGGCACCCCCGUGAACAUUCUGGAGGUGGUGGAGCUGGCGUCCCACAAGCGAAUACGCGCGCGCAUCGAGGACCCCCCUGGAUGGAUCUCCCUGGUGGACACCGAGUCCAAGGUGCGCUGGGCGAAAAAGAUGGAGGUGGCCGUGUUCCACGUCGCCUGCGGCGCCACUGAAGACAACAGCCGGGGGUCGGCGUAUUACCCCAUGACCCUCGAGGUGCCUGUUCUGUUGGUGUUUGAAACCCGCAUCAUCACUUUCGACGCUGGAGAUGGCGACAGCUUUGCCAUCAGGUUACCGAAGGGCACACCGGACAAUAAGGUUCUGGAGCUCGCCGAGGUCAUGGCAGGCUACUGCGCCUUCCAGCUCUCCAAGAAAAAGGACGUGGAUGAUUAUAUCAGUGGCGCCGCCGUCACUCUCGCCAGUGCCAUUGGCUCGGGUGCAGUCCUGCUCGAGAAGGUCCUCGCAAAGGGAGGGGACGAGGCCAAGAAGCACGUCAAACCGAAGGAGAAGGAGGUCGAGAUCAGCACCACCACCCAGGUGGGGAUGGCCGUGACCAAGCACGCGGCCUUGGGCACGGUGGCCGUUGCAUCCUCGGUGAUGGACGGGCUUCUCGAGUGCGCCUGUUAUUUGGGGAAGGAGGCUGGGAAGGAGGUGGCGAAAAGGAACGAUGCCAGUGGCUCCGCCGCCGAGCCACCGAGCUCGAGCUCCAAGGCGGGCCAGGCCGCCUUGGCGGGCGGACUGAUCGUCUUCGACGCACUCCUCAAGGCGUCAGACAGGCUGCAAACUGCGGCCGCGGACGAGACCGCGGGCAUCGUAGGCCACAAGUACGGGGCCGCCGCGGGCAGCGUGGCGCGCGAUGGCCUGGCCACCGCCGGCGCGGCCUUCGAGCUCCAGGACUUGGUUGGCAAGAAGGCCGUGGGGAAACUCGCGGUGAAGGGUGCCAUGUACACGGCCGGGGGCAUCGUCGAGGGAGCCGCCCAGUCGAAUUCCAAGCGCAGCUUGCCGUGA